UCUAAUAUGGCGGAAUGUCUUAUCAGGGAGUGAGUGAUUCCACAAAAUUUCCCAUUAAAAUAGUAAUUUUAUAAAUAGAACUUUAAAUUAAGAACAUACUUUAAAUAGAAUUAAGCUGUAUUAUUUUUCUACCGCCGUGUAUGGAUCGUUGAGCAGUUACUAAAAUAACUAUAACUGGAUAACAGCAAGUUUGACAAUAAUAACAAACAUGGGUAUCGCGGAUUCGAUGUGAAAAUUCGCUUGGAACAUUACGUCACGGCGCGCGUCGGGAUCACCAGUGCAGUGCAAAUUGAGUUGGAACGUUGGACAAAAAUGAUUCAUGUCGCGGUUAAUUGAGGUUUUACACUGAUAAGUUUUAAUUGGCUGAGUGUUACAAUUGUCAGUACCGUGUAGGGUUGUGCCGUGUGUGGUUGUAUGAUGAUCGAGAGCGUGUCGCGGCGUGCAUUUAGCAGUUCUAGCGGCACGUACAAUGUGCGCGCCUCAGAGCUGGCCAGGGAGCGGAAGCUCAAUAUCUUCAGCGUCACCGUACAGUUUUUGGACGAUACUCAGCAGACGUUUCAAAUCGAGAAAAAAGCCAAAGGAAAUGUUUUAUUGGAGCAAGUGUACCAACACCUUGAAUUGAUUGAGAAGGACUAUUUUGGUUUGCAAUUCACUGAAAAUGGAUCACCGCCCAAUGCAAGCAAUACUGAGAUCAUACGCUGGUUGGACAGCAGUAAAUCAGUGAAGAAGCAAGUCGGAGUCAACGCUCAGUUCUGGUUGGCUGUCCGUUUCUACCCGCCCGAGCCUUCGCGGCUGGCCGAAGAGUACACGCGCUACCUGCUAUGCUUGCAGUUGAGGAAACUGCUGUUGGAUGGACGUAUGACGGCGCCCAAGAACACCCUGUUGCUGCUGGCUUCGUUUACUGUGCAAGCCGAGCUAGGAGACUACAAUGUGUCCGAGCACCCUCCGAACUACCUCUCAGACCUCUGCCUACUACCCAAGCAGAAUGCGGAGGACGAGCGGAGAAUACGCGAACUACACAAGAUGCAUAAAGGACAAGCGCCCGCCGAUGCGGAGGCGCAUUUCUUAGAGCACGCCAAACGACUGGAUUGCUACGGCGUCGAAUCGCAUCCGGCUAAGGACUACAACGGCAAAGACAUAUUUAUUGGCGUCACGUCAAUAGGUAUCGUCGUGUUUCAAAACAACAUCCGAGUGAACACGUUCUCUUGGAGUAAAAUCGUCAAGAUUUCCUUCAAGAAGAAACAGUUCUUCAUCCAACUCAAGAGGGAACCGUCGGAGUCGUACGACACGGUGCUGGGGUUCAACAUGCGGUCGGGGCGCGCCGCGAAGGCGCUGUGGCGGUGCAGCGUGGAGCGGCACGGAUUCUUCCGGCUGCGCGCGCCGCGCCGCCGGCCGCUGCUGGGCGCGCUCGGGGCGCUCGGCACGCUGGCCGGGCUCGCCGCGCCCGCCGUGCCGCGCACCGAGACGCAGGCGCUCGAGGACGCCAGGCGCUCGCGCUCCAGCAACAGGAGCUUCGUCAGACGCAGCAGUUCACGCACUCGCGAGCGGUCGUCGGGCACUGCGUCCCCCGGCGCUGUGCAGUCUAUCAACUGCAGGGGAUCGCGGGUCACCUCGCACGUCGAGCCCCCGCCCAGGGCCGCUUGGACCGAUGCCGAUGAUAACCAGCCAGCUGAAAUAAACGAGGGCGAUUUCCUCGAACGAGUCCUGCGCAUCCCGUUCCCGUACGUGGACGAGUCGGAGUCGUGCUCGGACGGCGGCGAGGCGGAGGGCGGCGAGGCGCGCUCCGCGGAGGGCUCGGUGUGCAGCGCGGGCGGCGGGGUGGUGGUGCGCCUGCGCGCGGGCGCCGACGGGCUGUUCGGGUUCAACGUGCGCGGCGGCGGCGGCGCGCCCGUGCUCGUGUCGCGCGUCGCCAGCAGGACGCGGCUGCACCUGCAGGAGGGGGACCAGGUGAUAUCGAUAAACGGCACGGAUGUCGAAGUACUAACGCACGAACAAGUCGUCCAACUAAUCAGAAACACGAGAGGCGUCCUCACAUUACUUGUCAAGCCCAAUGCGGUGUACGACGCGGAAGACGGCGGCACAGAAGAGCCAACAGUGUGCUUCGUGCCCAUCGGUUCUUCACAGUUCCAAGGCGAUGCUCUAGAACAAUCGAUGCUGUUGUUAGGCGACGGACUCGCGAGCGGCGCGGCGCUGAAGCAAUACGAGACGUUGUUGCGAAGACUGCCCGAGGAACCGACCACAGCGUCCAAACUACCGCAGAAUAUUAACAAGAAUAGAUACAGGGAUAUCGCGCCGUACGAUUCGACGCGUGUGAUAUUGAAAAACGGACCUAAUGGCGACUACAUAAACGCGUCGUAUAUAAACAUGGAAAUACCGAACUCUGAUAUCGUCCUCACCUACAUCGCAACACAAGGACCAUUAGCAUCAACAGUGGGCGACUUUUGGCAAAUGGUUUGGGAAUCCGAAAGCAAUCUUAUUGUGAUGCUGACUGUACUAACGGAACGGGGUCGCGCCAAGUGUCACCAAUAUUGGCCUAAAGUUGGCACCACGCCGUUGAAAGCGACCAAUAUGCUGACCGUACACACCAACAGCGAACAGAAUCUCGGACAUUAUAUCAGAAGAGAGAUGACUUUGAAGGAAAGCAGCGGAGGGUCCCGUAACGUGACCCAGUUACAGUACACGGCGUGGCCGGACCACGGCGUGCCGGACGACUCCGCCGCGUUCAUCUCCUUCACACAGCUGUGCUCCAGCCUGAGGAACCAUCGAUCAGUGACGCCAUCGGAGGAGGAGUGCGAGCGCGAGCUGCUGCCGCCGCUGAUCGUGCACUGCUCGGCCGGCGUCGGACGCACCGGCGCGCUCGUGCUCGCCGAGACCGGGCUCGCGCACGCCGCGCGCACCGCGCCGCUCUACCCGCUCGACCUCGUGCGCGCCAUGCGCCGGCAGCGGCCCAUGUGCAUACAGAACGCGAGUCAAUACAAAUUCGUGUGCGAGAGUUUAUUAGCGGCCUACGCUCAGGGUCUUAUCAAAUCAUCGCCAGACAGUGGGUCCAACUGAUAGCAGGAGGAUGGUGCCGCCUUGCCAAUCGUCAGUACUGCCUGUGAAAUACAACCCCUAGGGGUCCUGUGUUCAACGUGUUUAUGGAAAUAGGUCCUUACACGGGCAGCUUGGCUCUAUCGUAAAGACCAACGCUAACGGACGAACUGGCGGCAAAAAGACUGAAUUCGAUACUAAUGAUAUUUAACCCUAAGUCUUUUUACGUAUAGUUGACAUUUCGACUGAGACUGCAUAGCGAAAAGUAAUUUUCUAUUGUCACGCAGGCGUAAUGGUAAGGACCAGUCACGACUGCUUCGAACUGUCAAUUAGAUUUGUGAUGUCGGCCUCAGCAGUUUGUCAUGCUCGAGCAGCCCAUGUACCGUCAGCAGCAAAAGUAG